GAAAUUGAUGAAGACGAUGAUGAUCAAUCCGUAUCAAGCGAUGAUGAAAAAGAUCAAAGUAACGAUGCUAGUCACCAUGAAGGACAAGAAGGGGCUUACGAUCCUGCUGAAUUUGCUAAUCUCCCUGUUAACAGUGAAAUCAAGGAUUUAUUUCAGUAUAUAACAAGGUAUACGCCUCAUUCGAUUGAAUUGGACACCAAACUUAGGCCCUUCAUUCCAGAUUAUAUUCCUGCCGUUGGUGAUAUUGAUGCUUUUAUUAAGGUUCCACGUCCCGAUAAUAAAACAGACACAUUAGGAAUGGCUAUACUAGAUGAACCGUGUGCCAACCAAUCAGAUCCUACAGUUCUAGAUUUACAGCUGCGUACUAUCUCUAAACAGAGUUCUGCGAAAUCAGUGUCGAUAAGAAGUAUUGAUCAUGCCGACAAGAAUUCUAAAGCUAUCGAUGCAUGGAUCCAAAGUAUAGGUGAAUUGCACAGACAAAAACCACCACCAAAUGUCCAUUAUACAAAAAAUAUGCCCGAUGUUGAAUCUUUAAUGCAAGAAUGGCCUGCAGAAUUUGAAGAACUACUAGAAAAAGUUGGGCUACCAACAGCUGACUUAGAUUGCGACUUGAGUCAAUAUGUAGAUAUUGUUUUAGGUUUACUGGAUAUCCCCGUUUACAAUAGCAAAAUAGAAUCUCUACACGUCCUUUUCACGUUAUAUUCUGCAUUCAAAAAUUCACAA